CACCGUGAAGGGGGCCGUCCCUGUUGGUGGAGAUCAGACCGAGGAAGGCCCACCUAGUGAUCAUUUGAAGAUAUCUCCCAUUUAGACGAUAGUUAGACGCGACUGUGCGACAGAAUCAUAAGGGGACAAGUCGAAGGCUAAUUGUAAAUAGCAGCUCGGCCAAGAUGGAUGUGUUCAUGAAGGGAUUGAAUAAAGCGAAAGAGGGGAUGGCUGUGGCUGCAGAGAAGACCAAGGAAGGAGUUGCGGUUGCAGCUGAAAAGACUAAAGAAGGGGUUAUGUUUGUAGGUAACAAGGCCAAAGACAGCGUGGGCACAGUGGCUGAGAGGACCACUGGGGCUAUGGGGAACAUCGCUGCUGCCACUGGCCUGGUGAAGAAGGACGAGUUCCCCUCCGACAUGAACCCUGAGGAGUAUGGGCAGGAGGCCAUGGAGGGCCAGGGAGAGGCGAUGCUGGAGCCAGAAGGAGAGACAUAUGAUGAGACCCAGCAGGAGAGCCAGGAUUACGAGCCAGAAGCGUAAAAGCCUCAGUCCAUGCCACCAUCCAACCAGCAGCACAAUAAUAUUUCUAAUAAUAAAAAGGACAAAUGCUGAAACUAUUCCAAUUCUACCCCUGUUGCAAAAAACAACAAAAAAGACAAGCAUUCCCACUGAAAAAUGUUCUUCCUUCAAGACAAAUCUUUUAUUAUUACAUAUUGUAAAUGUCAUGUUAUUAAUGUAAUGUGUUGGGUGUAGGUGUUAAUUGAGAUGUAGGAUUUGUCCUGUCAGUCUCAUUUCCUUGAUUCCCUCCCAAUGAAAUGAGACCACAGCCAGGGCUUGUGACUUUGUACUUGUGUGUACGUGUAUUUCGAAAUGUGCAAUAGAUGUUCAUCAUCUUCCAAUGAGACAUUGGGAGUGGAAAAAAUAAAUAUGUCCGGUUGCAAGCAGAUAUGAAUACAAUAAUAUCCCCUUAAGUGUC